UGUAAACUGCAGGAAGUACUAUUUGACCCUCUCCGACAGUAUCUCAUUACAAUAAUUGCUAAUCUCUGAAUAAGACAGCCAUGUUUUGUGAGUAACUGAGGGAGAGAGGUUGUGUUAGGUAGAUUUUAGGUGUUUCAACAAAUAGAGCAUUGUAAAUGCUUACUUGGAUUAUGUUUUCAUGAUAGCUUUUGAUUAAAAGACAUGUGGUGACCUUUGGGGUCAGCAAAGCUAGGACACAAUAGUAGGUAUUCUUUCAUUCCUUUUAACUGAAAAAUACCACGGCUUGUUGUUUUGGAGUGCUGUCACUGCUCUGAAUCGAAAGGAUAAUGGCUACUUCCUGAUUAAACCCACUCUCCACAGUAAGCUGUUAAUGUUAUACUAUAUGGAGUCUGGAGAACGGUUACCAUCCUCAACAGCCUCCUCUACUACACCUUCAUCUUCAGUACCUUCUGUGGCUUCAUCAGUUUCAAAAGGCGGCCUUUCCACGGGAGCUGCUUCCCUGAGCUCUACAAUCAACCCAUGUGGACAUUUAUUCAGAGCAGCUGGGGAUCAACCGUUUAACCUGUCCACAGUGUCGAGUGCCUUCCCAAUGGUCAGCCACCCAGUCUUUGGUCUACAUUCAGCCAGCUCAGGGCAUUCAGAAUUUGGUGGUUUGGGGACACUUGGUACACCCACAGCCUUAGCCGCACAUCCCCAACUAGCAUCUUUUCCAGGUGCAGAAUGGUGGCGAACAACAGAUGUUCAUACUCGUACAGGGGCGACCUUCUUUCCACCAUUGCUGGGAAUUCCACCGCUGUUUGCUCCUCCAGCCCAGAACCAUGAUUCUUCUUCCUUCCAUUCAAGGACUUCAGGAAAAAGUAAUAGAAAUGGUCCUGAAAAAGGUGUAAAUGGGUCAAUAAAUGGAAACACUACAUCAUCUGUAUCUGGUAUCAACACACCUGUACUAUCCACUACUGCUUCAAGUUCUGUGGGACAAAGUAAAAGUAUAAGCUCAGGUGGAGGAAAUCGAAAAUGUAAUCAGGAACAAAACAAAAACCAGCCUUUGGAUGCUAGAGCUGACAAAAUAAAAGAUAAGAAACCAAGGAAGAAAGCUAUGGAAAGUUCUAGCAACAGUGAUAGUGAUUCGGGUACAUCAUCAGACACCUCAAGUGAAGGCAUUAGUAGUAGUGAUUCAGAUGAUCUAGAGGAAGAUGAAGAAGAAGAAGAUCAAAGUAUUGAAGAAAGUGAAGAUGAUGAUUCUGAUUCAGAGAGCGAAGCACAGCAUAAAAGUAACAACCAGGUGCUAUUACAUGGUAUUUCAGACCCAAAAGCAGAUGGACAGAAAGCAACUGAAAAAGCCCAGGAAAAAAGAAUACAGCAGCCAUUACCUCUUGUGUCUGAGUCCCAGACUCACCCAUCAUUCCAAUCCCAGCAGAAGCAGCCUCAGGUUUUGUCACAGCAGCUUCCAUAUAUUUUCCAAAGCUCUCAGGCAAAGGAGGAAUCUGUGAACAAACACACAAGUGUAAUACAGUCUACGGGAUUGGUGUCCAAUGUGAAACCUUUAUCUUUGGUAAAUCAAGCCAAAAAGGAAACUUACAUGAAACUCAUAGUUCCUUCUUCUCCUGAUGUACUUAAAGCAGGGAAUAAAAAUACCUCUGAAGAAUCUAGUCCUUUGACCAGUGAAAUGCGAUCCAAACGGGAACAAUAUAAACAGACAUUCCCAGCACAGUUAAAGAAACAAGAGUCAUCCAAGAGCUUGAAGAAGGUUAUUGCAGCUUUGUCAAAUCCGAAAGCAACCUCUAGUUCACCAGCACAUCCAAAACAGACGUCAGAAAACAACCACCCUAAUCCAUUCUUGACAAAUGCACUUUUAGGUAAUCACCAACCAAAUGGAGUUAUUCAAAGUGUCAUUCAAGAAGCUCCUCUAGCACUUACUACCAAAACUAAAAUGCAGAGUAAGAUUAAUGAAAACAUCGCUACUCCAAGCAGCACCCCUUUUUCCUCACCUGUAAAUUUGAGUACAGGUGGGAGAAGAACCCCUGGCAGUCAGACAACUGUAACCCCCUCCGCCUCUCCCAUACUGCAUAGUCAAGGGAAGGAAAGAGCAGUUAGCAAUAAUGUAAACCCAGUGAAAACACAGCAUCACCCCCACCCUGCAAAAUCUUUAGUGGAACAGUUCAGGGGAACAGAUUCAGACAUUCCCAGUAGUAAAGAUUCUGAAGAUUCAAAUGAGGAUGAAGAAGAAGAUGAUGAGGAAGAAGAUGAGGAAGAUGAUGAAGAUGAUGAAUCUGAUGACAGCCAAUCAGAAUCAGAUAGUAAUUCAGAAUCAGAUACAGAAGGAUCAGAAGAAGAUGAUGAUGAUGAUAAAGACCAAGAUGAAUCAGAUAGUGAUACUGAAGGAGAGAAAACGUCAAUGAAACUGAAUAAAACAACUUCCUCUGUCAAAAGCCCUUCCAUCAGUCUCACUGCUCACCCAACACCUCGUAACCUCCACAUAGCAAAAGCCCCAGGCUCUGCUCCUGCUGCCUUAUGUUCUGAAUCCCAGUCACCUGCUUUUCUUGGCACACCUUCUUCCACACUUACUUCAAGUCCACACUCUGGCACUUCCAAAAGGCGAAGAGUAACAGAUGAGCGCGAGCUGCGUAUUCCUUUGGAAUAUGGCUGGCAAAGAGAGACAAGAAUAAGAAACUUUGGAGGGCGCCUUCAAGGAGAAGUAGCGUAUUAUGCUCCAUGUGGAAAGAAACUUAGGCAAUACCCUGAAGUAAUAAAGUAUCUCAGCAGAAAUGGAAUAAUGGAUAUCUCAAGGGACAAUUUCAGCUUCAGUGCAAAAAUAAGAGUGGGUGACUUCUAUGAAGCCAGAGAUGGACCGCAGGGAAUGCAGUGGUGUCUUUUGAAAGAAGAGGAUGUCAUUCCCCGUAUCAGGGCAAUGGAAGGCCGUAGAGGAAGACCACCAAAUCCAGAUAGACAGCGAGCAAGAGAGGAAUCCAGGAUGAGACGUCGGAAGGGUCGGCCUCCAAACGUGGGAAGUGCUGAGUUUCUAGACAACACAGAUGCCAAAUUGCUAAGAAAACUGCAAGCUCAAGAAAUAGCCAGACAAGCAGCGCAAAUAAAGCUUUUGAGAAAACUUCAAAAGCAGGAACAGGCUCGGGUUGCCAAAGAAGCUAAAAAACAACAAGCAAUAAUGGCUGCUGAGGAGAAGAGAAAGCAAAAAGAACAAAUAAAGAUUAUGAAACAACAGGAAAAAAUUAAAAGAAUACAACAAAUCAGAUUGGAAAAAGAACUUCGAGCCCAACAAAUUCUAGAGGCUAAAAAGAAAAAGAAGGAAGAAGCAGCAAAUGCCAAAUUAUUGGAGGCCGAAAAACGAAUAAAGGAAAAAGAAAUGAGAAGACAACAAGCCGUUCUUCUGAAGCAUCAGGAGUUGGAGAGGCAUAGACUAGAUAUGGUAUGGGAACGAGAGAGAAGACGACAACAUAUGAUGCUUAUGAAAGCUAUGGAAGCUCGUAAAAAAGCAGAAGAAAAAGAACGGCUGAAGCAAGAAAAACGUGAUGAGAAAAGAUUAAAUAAAGAGCGUAAACUGGAGCAACGAAGAUUAGAAUUAGAAAUGGCAAAGGAACUAAAGAAGCCUAAUGAAGACAUGUGCUUAGCAGACCAAAAGCCUUUGCCAGAUUUGCCUCGUAUUCCAGGACUUGUUCUCUCUGGAAGUACAUUUUCAGACUGUCUCAUGGUGGUGCAGUUCUUACGAAACUUUGGUAAAGUUUUGGGCUUUGAUGUGAAUAUUGAUGUUCCAAACCUGAGUGUUCUUCAAGAGGGAUUGCUAAAUAUAGGGGACAGCAUGGGUGAAGUACAAGACUUGCUUGUGAGGCUCCUCUCAGCUGCUGUAUGUGAUCCAGGUCUAAUUACAGGAUACAAGGCCAAAACAGCUCUUGGAGAACAUUUGCUGAAUGUUGGUGUGAACCGAGACAAUGUUUCCGAGAUCUUGCAGAUUUUUAUGGAAGCCCAUUGUGGACAAACUGAGCUUACGGAAAGCUUGAAAACCAAAGCUUUUCAGGCUCAUACUCCAGCACAGAAAGCCUCAGUCUUGGCUUUCCUGAUCAAUGAACUGGCAUGCAGUAAGAGUGUGGUGAGUGAAAUUGACAAGAACAUUGAUUAUAUGUCAAACUUGAGGAGAGAUAAAUGGGUAGUAGAAGGUAAACUUCGCAAGCUCAGGAUCAUUCAUGCUAAGAAAACAGGCAAAAGAGACACGUCAGGUGGCAUUGAUCUUGGAGAAGAACAGCAUCCAUUGGGCACCCCCACACCAGGACGCAAACGAAGAAGGAAGGGAGGAGACAGUGAUUUUGAUGAUGAUGAUGACGAUGAUAGUGAUGAACAAGCUGAUGAAGAUGAUGAGGAUGAAGAAGAUAAAGAAGACAAAAAAGGAAAGAAGACUGAUAUCUGUGAAGAUGAGGAUGAAGGUGACCAAGCAGCAAGUGUUGAAGAGCUAGAAAAACAGAUUGAAAAACUGAGUAAACAACAGAGUCAGUACAGAAGGAAGCUCUUUGACGCUUCUCACUCUUUGCGUUCGAUGAUGUUUGGCCAGGAUCGUUACAGACGCCGGUACUGGAUUCUUCCCCAAUGUGGGGGGAUUUUUGUAGAAGGCAUGGAGAGUGGUGAAGGACUAGAAGAAAUUGCAAAAGAAAGAGAAAAACUAAAAAAGGCAGAAAGUAUCCAGAUCAAAGAAGAAAUAUUUGAGACUUCUGAAGAUACCUUAAAUUGCUCAAAUCCAGAUUUUUGUGAGCAAAAGGAAGAUCCUAAAGAAAAAGAUAACACAAACUUGUUUCUUCAGAAACCUGGCUCUUUUUCAAAAUUAAGCAAGCUUUUAGAAGUAGCUAAAAUGUCUCCUGAGUCAGACAUAAUAACCCCCAAACCAAAUAGCAGUGCAAACGGGUGUACAUUGUCUUAUCAAAACAGUGGAAAACAUUCAUUGGCCAGCAUUCAAUCAACAGCAACACAAAGCAACAUGGAGAAGACAGACUCUAAUAAUCCAUUCAGUCCUGGUUCAAGUGGUCCAGGGAAGUUCUACAGCCCUCUACCCAAUGACCAGCUGUUAAAAACACUGACUGAAAAGAAUAGACAGUGGUUCAGCCUUUUGCCAAGAACCCCUUGUGAUGACAGUUCACUCACCCAUACUGAUGCAUCAGCUGCUUCUGUGGUGACUCCUCAGUCUCAGCCACCAUCCCAGUCCCCCUCCCCUGCUCCGGCUCCCCUCUUGGGGUCAUCUUCUGCUCAGAAUCCUGUUGGCCUAAAUCCAUUUGCUGUAUCACCUCUUCAGAUGAAAAGUGGAGUAUCUAUGAUGGGACUCCAGUUUUGUGGAUGGCCCACUGGCGUGCUUACCUCCAAUAUUCCAUUUACGUCACCUUUACCUAGUCUGGGAUCGGGGUUGGGAUUAUCUGAAGGAAAUGGUAAUUCGUUCUUGACUCCCAAUGUUGCUUCAAGUAAAAGUGAAUCUCCAGUCCCACAGAAUGAAAAAGUCUCUUCAACUCAACCUGCAGCUGUUGAAGUAGCAAAACCAGUAGAUUUUCCUAGUCCAAAACCUAUUCCAGAAGAAAUGCAGUUUGGUUGGUGGAGAAUUAUUGACCCGGAGGACCUAAAAGCUUUGCUCAAAGUGCUGCAUCUCAGAGGAAUAAGAGAAAAGGCAUUACAGAAACAAAUUCAGAAACACUUGGAUUAUAUUACCCAAGCUUGCAUCAAGAAUAAGGAUGUUGCUAUUAUUGAAUUAAAUGAAAAUGAAGAAAACCAGGUAACUCGAGAUAUUGUGGAGAACUGGUCAGUAGAAGAACAAGCAAUGGAAAUGGAUUUGAGUAUUCUUCAACAGGUAGAAGAUCUAGAAAGGAGAGUUGCAUCAGCAAGUUUGCAAGUAAAGGGUUGGAUGUGUCCAGAGCCUGCAUCAGAAAGGGAGGACUUGGUAUAUUUUGAACAUAAGUCAUUUUCUAAGUUGUGCAAGGAGCAUGAUGGAGAAUUUACUGGCGAAGAAGAAAGCAGUGCACAUGCACUAGAACGGAAGAGUGACAACCCCCUAGAUAUAGCUGUAACCAGGCUGGCUGAUUUGGAGCGGAACAUUGAGAGAAGGUAUCUGAAGAGCCCCUUAAGUACCACCAUUCAGAUCAAACUGGAUAAUGUGGGCACAGUUACUGUCCCUGCUCCUGCACCAUCCAUUAGUGGUGAUGGUGACGGAAUUGAAGAGGAUAUUGCUCCAGGGCUCAGGGUAUGGAGAAGGGCAUUGUCAGAAGCUCGCAGUGCUGCACAGGUAGCUCUGUGCAUUCAGCAGUUACAGAAAUCAAUAGCAUGGGAAAAAUCAAUUAUGAAAGUUUACUGCCAGAUCUGUCGAAAGGGAGAUAAUGAAGAACUGCUCCUCCUUUGUGAUGGUUGUGACAAAGGCUGUCACACAUACUGCCAUAGACCCAAGAUUACAACCAUACCAGAUGGGGACUGGUUUUGUCCAGCUUGCAUUGCUAAGGCAAGUGGUCAAACUCUAAAAAUCAAAAAACUUCAUGUCAAAGGAAAAAAGACUAAUGAGUCAAAGAAAGGCAAGAAAGGAACUUUAACAGGUGAUACUGAAGAUGAAGACUCUGCAUCUACAAAUAGUUCACUGAAAAGAGGAAACAAAGACCUGAAAAAAAGAAAAAUAGAGGAAAACACUUCUAUUAACUUGUCAAAACAGGAAAGUUCUACUUCUGUUAAGAAACCUAAAAGAGAUGACUCCAAAGACCUCGCUCUUUGCAGUAUGAUCCUUACUGAAAUGGAAACUCAUGAGGAUGCGUGGCCUUUUCUACUUCCUGUAAACUUGAAACUCGUUCCUGGUUAUAAGAAAGUUAUUAAGAAGCCUAUGGAUUUUUCCACAAUUAGAGAGAAAUUAAGUAGUGGGCAAUAUCCAAACCUUGAAACCUUUGCUGUAGAUGUCAGGCUUGUUUUUGACAACUGUGAAACAUUUAAUGAAGAUGAUUCUGAUAUAGGCAGAGCUGGCCACAGUAUGAGGAAGUAUUUUGAAAAAAAGUGGACAGAUAUUUUCAAAGUGAGCUGAAGUUAUAAUAACCUCUCUUUUUUUUUUCCUUUUAAACAAGGACAAAUGAGACCAGCAAUGUGAACUGUAUUUACAUAAAUGUGCAAGGCACAUACAUAAUGACUUUUUUUUCCUUAAAAUAAGCAUCACAAAAAAACAAAAAAAAAAAGUAUCAGAAGAAUGAUACCAUUUUUAAAGGCUUCACUCCUACAACAACCAAGGCCCUUGGUUAUUGGUUUGUGUGAUUUAUCAGCUAACUUAGGUAGAACAGGGAAGCACACCCAAAGAAUUUUCAAAGGAAAGGGUGUUAUAGUGCAAUAGCAAUUAAAAUAUAUCAAAUCGCACUGAAUAUUCAACACCAGAGCUCUAAUGUGGGAAAUGGUUCUCCUUUCCCUCUCAAUAAAUAUCUAUUUUUCAUUUUUUUACUUUGUAGUUUAUUUUUUAGUGAAUGUAUUUAAUUUUAUGAAUUAUUUAUGAUUAAACCACAUCCAGAAUCUUCGUUUUCUGUGAAAAGGAAGAACUAGAAAAUUGCUUUAAAUCUUGAAAAUACAACAAGGAAUGUUUUAAAAUAUAAAACAAAGCCAAGUUAAACUGUUUACACUGAUGUGCUAUAAAGCACCAAAAAUAAACUUUACUGUAGAGUUACAAGUACAUUUAUAUAUAUAUAUAUAUAUAUAUAUAUAUAUAUAUAUAUAUAUAUAUGUUGCUGCAUCACUUGUGUAGUUAAAUUGUAUUUCAAGACAGUGAAGAAAAAUUGACAUGUAUAUACUGUUCAUUAUUGUUUAUAUUAAGUCUUGUUUUAAAUAUGUAUUAUGUGUAUAUAUUGUUUGGAGACAUUAUUGUUUAUGCCUUAGAAGGAUUGUAGCAUUUUAUUUUAGUCUGAAGGUAAUUAUAGCUAUACAGCUUGUACAGUAAUUAUCCUCUACCAACACUGUGGCGUCUCCUUGAUCUUGGUAGUGCCUGCCUUUGAAACAGGGUGUAGGGGAUAUUAGUUUUCCAUUUUUCUAUUUUGUUAUAUAAUUUUAAGCCACCAGGGCCUAAAUUAAAGUAUAAUCAUUUGUAUCCAUGUGGAAUAAAAUUGUGACAAUUUCCUACACACACAGUAUUUUUUCAUAGAAACAUUUCCUUCCCAUUUGCCUUGCCUCAGAAAUAAAUUUAAAAGACAUUUGUAACCACUGUGUUUUAUCUACUGUGUGUUGUGGUGGCCUGUUGGAGGCAAAUAGAUCAGAAUUUUUUUUGUACCUAUGUAAGAGUACUUGAAGUUUUAUUUAAAAUAAAAUGUUGUGAAAAAGGUAGCAUUCUUUUUUUUAGGAGUGUUAUUUUUCACUACUAUGUGUGGCACGGAUACAAUAAAAGACUUUUACAAACUA